AUGGAAAGAGGGAAUGAGACAUCAAAUUCAUAUUUAAUUCUCUUGGGCCUCUUCCCCGAGAUAAGACAACUUGGCCUCCUCAUCUCCCUCGUCCUCCUGAUCUACACGGUCGCCGUCGUCGGAAACGUAGUCCUGGUUCUCCUGAUCUGGGCAGAACCUCGGCUCCACGUCCCCAUGUACAUCCUGCUCAGCCAGCUCUCCCUCAUGGAUGCCAUCUUGAUAACCACCGUUGUCCCCAAGAUGGCGGCCGACUUCUUCUCAGGGAGGAGGAACGUCUCCUGUGUGGCCUGUGGGGCCCAGAUGUUCUUGUACCUGACCCUCGGGGGCUCCGAGUGCCUCCUCCUGACCGUCAUGUCCUACGACCGCUACGUGGCCGUCUGCCAUCCCCUGCGUUACCCGGUCCUCGUGAGCCCCCGCAUCUGCCUGCGGAUGGUCGGCGGUUCCUGGACUGGGGGUGCCGUGAACGCCCUAGUCCAAACUGCCUACUCGAUGCAUUUCCCCAUCUGCCGCUCGCGGGAGAUUCAUCAUUUUUUCUGUGAGGUGAUGGCCGUCCUGACACUCUCCUGCCGGGACACGUCGGCCUAUGAGGCCGGGGUGACGGCGACUGCGGUUGGUUUCUUCCUCAUCCCAGUGGUCCUCAUUACGACCUCCUACGCCCUCAUCUUCCUCUCCGUCCUGCGCAUGGACUCCCGGGAGGGGCGGAGGAAGGCCCUGGCCACCUGCUCGUCCCACCUCACCGUGGUCGCCCUCUACUUCGGUUCUGCCAUCUUCAUCUACGUGACGCCCGGCCUCUCCCAAGCCCCCGAACAGAACCAGGCUCUCUCGGUGUUUAACACCAUCCUCACCCCCGCGCUGAACCCUCUCAUCUACAGCCUGAGGAACCAGGAGGUUUGGGGGGCACUGAAGAAGUUCCUGGGGACGUGCCUGAUCUCAACGUGGAACCCAAACUCUGGGUGCCAGACUGUCCUGGAUGCCAGGAGACUGGCAUAG